GACCCGCCCCUUGCGUCACAACACGCGGCCCCGCCCUCGCGGCGCCUCCCUGGCAGCCGGCAGGGAGCCGUAGUCUGCGCGGGCGCCGAUCUGGGCACGGGCAGGAAGCCGUGGUGAGCGGGCUGGAGGACUGGUGCUUGGAAAUGAGGGCAUCCAUGGGAGAUGCACACCUGGUGGGACCGCUGACCCGUCGAUGAGGCGGGCCCCCUGGCUGGGCCUGCGCCCCUGGCUGGGCAUGCGCCUGUCAGUGCGUAAGGCGCUGCUGGCCACCGGCUGUGCGCUGGCCCUGGUGCUCGCAGUGCAGCUCGGGCAGCAAGUGCUGGAGUGCCGGGCAGUGCUCGGGGGCGUGCGGAACCAACGGAGGAUGCUGCCAGAGCAGGAGGAGCUGGUGAUGCUGGGUACCGACCACGUGGAGUACCGCUACGGCAAGGCCAUGCCGCUGAUCUUCGUGGGCGGCGUGCCACGCAGCGGCACCACCCUCAUGCGUGCCAUGCUGGAUGCUCACCCUGAGGUGCGCUGUGGGGAGGAGACACGCAUCAUCCCUCGAGUGCUGGCCAUGCGGCAGGCCUGGUCCAAAUCCGGCCGGGAGAAGCUGCGGCUGGACGAGGCGGGCGUGACGGAUGAGGUGCUGGAUGCCGCCAUGCAGGCCUUCAUCCUGGAGGUGAUCGCCAAGCACGGCGAGCCGGCGCGCGUGCUGUGUAACAAAGACCCCUUCACGCUCAAGUCCUCCGUCUACCUGGCGCGCCUCUUCCCCAACUCCAAGUUCCUGCUGAUGGUGCGGGACGGCCGGGCCUCUGUGCACUCCAUGAUCACUCGCAAGGUAACCAUCGCAGGCUUCGACCUCAGCAGCUACCGAGACUGCCUCACCAAGUGGAACAAGGCCAUCGAGGUGAUGUACACACAGUGCAUGGAGGUGGGCAGGGACAAGUGCCUGCCUGUGUACUAUGAGCAGUUGGUGCUGCACCCGCAGCGGUCCCUCAGACGCAUCCUGGACUUCCUGGGCAUCGCCUGGAGCGACACCGUCCUGCACCAUGAGGACCUCAUUGGCAAGCCGGGGGGCGUCUCCUUGUCCAAGAUCGAGCGGUCCACAGACCAGGUCAUCAAACCCGUGAACCUGGAAGCCCUCUCCAAGUGGACUGGCCACAUCCCUGGGGAUGUGGUGAGGGACAUGGCCCAGAUCGCUCCCAUGCUGGCUCGGCUCGGCUAUGACCCGUAUGCAAACCCGCCCAACUAUGGAAACCCUGACCCGAUUGUCAUCAACAACACACACCGGGUCUUGAAAGGAGACUAUAAAACGCCAGCCAAUCUGAAAGGAUAUUUUCAGGUGAACCAGAACAGCACCUCCGCACACCUGGGAAGUUCGUGAUUUCCAGCGUCGCCCCUGCUGACACACUUCCCCUCUCUCAGUCUCUGCACUCUGCCUCGGAGGCCAGAGUCCUCGUCCUGCACCUGGAAGUCGGCUGACCUGAGCACAUUGCUCUCUGCCGUGCUGUGGCCUGAAGAGACGGAGCGUCUGUUUGUCUCAGCGAACACAGCCUCGGAGCCUCUGCUUCAGGGUGGACAUGGAGGAAGAGAGGCUGCUUCAGCUUCAGGAACUUGGGAAUUUUCUAUUUUUUUCUCCUUGAGAACUUUUUUUUUUAAAAAAAGAAUUGAAUUUGCUAUCUUCCCUAAUGGACAGGCUCCUUUGCUGGCCUCGUUUCCAGGAGCAAGACCUGUGACCCGUGCCUCUCCUUCACUUGACUUUGACCUUAAAGAAUCUAUUUAAGAGUUUAAUAUAUGGGCUUUCCUCCAUUCUUCAGUCCUACUCAGUUUCACAGAGAAAAGAAAUUAAUUAUUUGAAUAAAGGAAGCAGGCUGCUGUCUGUGCCUUACUUCAUACGGAG